GAUGAGCACCAACAAGAAUCAGGCAUAAACAAAACACAAACAUUAAAAUAUAGGCGGAGGAAGCAUAGUCUCAGUUGACUCCUAGGCAAAUCUCUCCUUGGAUUUAGCUCCAAACACGGUUUGGACCCUUUCUUUCUGAUCCUUCCAUGCGUUGUUGGCUGUCUCUUCAUCAAACUUCUCUUUCUUCCCCUUAUUAUCACCGAACUUUCCAUGCUCUCAACCUCUUCCUCCUCCUCCUCCCCCAACAAUGGCUGACUCAUCCUUCGAUUUCGACUACUCCUCCUUCUCCCCCGCCACCAACUCUCGCCGCCCACGGCAUGUCACUCCGGCCACGUCACGCCCUGCAUCCCGCUCCUUCACACCUCUCAGCUCGCACCAGGCGUCGCGUAGCCACACCCCGAGGCGGUUCCCCCACCCUUCGCCCACCACGCCGUUCGGGGCGGACGGCGACAGGUCAUGGCAGGGCGAGCUGUCGUGGCAGUUUGAGCCGACAGGGUGGCGGGAUGGCCGGAAUCUCGGUGCGGCCCUGAGCCCCUGGACCGCUGCCACCACGCCGUCCCAGAGCCGAGUUUUUCGGCGAACGGCGAAUGACUACUACCUCUCCCGCACGAGUGUCGGUGUUCAGAGGUUCACGAAUCCUUACUACGAGUAUUCGGGGUACGGUGCUGUUGCUGGCGAGAGGCUUGAGCUGCGAAGCUUUGUGGACAGAGAUAAUAAUGAGAGUGCAUUCUUUGGAAGGAGUUAUGCUGCUGGUGAGAAUACUUACACCAAGAAGGGUCGUUCGAACUUGGAAGUGAUCAAGGAAGGAAGUAACAAUGGCCGUUUUGGUCACAAGGACGAGCUCAAACUUUUUGGCUACAACAAAGAUGAUGACUUUGAGGGGAAAGUCAGCUCUUUGAGUCCUCAUAGAUAUCAUCGUCAUGUGAAUACUGUUUUCGACGAAGACGACAGUGACUAUGACACUCGUGGUCAUCGUCGUGAUCAUCAUCAUGAGAAAUCGCGUAGAGGACAUGAUUAUGGUCGCGGCACAUCACACGGUGGACAUGACCAUGGCGGACAUGGACAUUCAAGGAACAAGGAAGAAGGCAUUGGCCCUGAAUCGCAACGCUUCAAUCCUGGUCGUGAUCAGCAUAGUCACGAUGAGUGGGAUUCGGGAAUCCAACGUCAUGGUCAUGUAAAUAGAUACAAUGACAUCGAAAUAUUACCUCCCGACGACAAGGAGUUAGACGAGGAAGAAGAGGAUGAAGAAGAGCCAGUGAGGCCUAUUGGGCUAUUCGGCUUGUUCAAGUACUCAACAACGUGGGAUUUUGUUCUUGUGAUCUUUGGGUGCUUGGGAGCUCUAAUUAAUGGGGGUGCGCUUCCUUGGUAUUCUCUUCUUUUUGGAAAAUUUGUGAACAAGAUUGGUCUAGAAUCGAAAAAUCAGAAAGACCGGAUGAUGAACGAUGUAGACAAGGUAUCUCUGUUUAUGACUGGACUAGCAGCGGUAGUGGUGGUUGGAGCUUACAUGGAAAUAACAUGUUGGAGAUUGGUAGGGGAGAGAGCAGCUCAGAGGAUAAGGACUAACUACCUGAGAGCAGUUCUCCGACAGGACAUUGGCUUUUUUGACACACAAGUGAGCACCGGUGAUAUCAUGCAUGGAAUCUCGAGCGAUAUUGCGCAAAUUCAAGAAGUGAUGGGCGAAAAGAUGGCACACUUUAUUCACAAUAUUUUCACUUUCCUCUGUGGAUACGCGGUUGGGUUCAUACAAUCGUGGAAGAUAUCUCUAGUAGUAUUUGCUGUCACUCCAUUGACGAUGCUCUGCGGCAUUGCUUACAAGGCUGUUUAUGUCGGUCUAGCUCAAAAGGAAGAGGCUUCUUAUCGAAGAGCUGGCAGCGUUGCUGAGCAGGCUAUCAGUUCCAUCAGAACGGUGUUUUCAUUUGUUGCGGAAGAUAAUUUGGCUGCGAGAUAUGCUGAGUUGCUGUCAAUGUCAAUUCCCAUAGGAGCCAAGGUUGGGUUCGCCAAGGGCGCAGGAAUCGGAGUCAUCUACUUGGUUACAUACUCGACGUGGGCAUUGGCCUUUUGGUAUGGUUCUAUAUUGGUUGCUCGUGGCGAGAUCAGAGGAGGUGAAGCAAUCGCUUGCUUCUUUGGUGUCAAUCUCGGUGGGAGGGGCUUGGCAUUGUCAUUGUCCUACUUUGCUCAAUUCGCUCAAGGCACUGUAGCAGCAACCCGGGUGUUCGCAGUAACAGACAGAGUCCCGGAAAUAGAUCCCUACAACCCUAGCGGGAGGAUACUGUCGCAUGUUCGUGGAAAGAUUGAGUUCGCAGGAGUUAGUUUUGCAUACCCAUCUCGUCCGGAUGCUCUGAUACUCCGCUCCUUGAGUCUGGUGAUUCCCUCUUCAAAGACUUUCGCAUUAGUGGGUCUAAGCGGAGGCGGCAAAUCCACCAUAUUCGCUCUGAUAGAAAGGUUUUAUGAUCCUGCAAAGGGGACAAUCGUCUUGGACGGACAUGACAUAAGGGCGCUGCAGGUCAGGUGGCUAAGAAGUCAGAUAGGCAUGUUAGGCCAGGAGCCUGCUCUCUUUGCAACAAGCAUUAUAGAAAAUGUGAUGAUGGGCAAAGAUAACACCACAAGGAAGGAAGCAAUGGCUGCUUGCAUUGCUGCAAACGCCAGCAACUUCAUCUUGGGCCUCCCACAAGGCUAUGACACGCAGGUCGGAGACGGAGGAACACUACUCUCAGGUGGACAAAAACAACGGAUCGCACUAGCUCGAGCCAUGAUCAAAGAUCCUAGAAUCCUUCUACUAGAUGAGCCAACCAGUGCCUUAGACCCAGAGUCUGAAAUUGUAGUUCAACAGGCAAUUGACGAAAUCUCCACUAGCAGAACAACCAUUGUCAUCGCUCACAGGCUUGCGACGGUAAGAAAUGCUCAAACAAUUGCUGUGCUUGGUCAAGGGUCUGUUGUUGAGAUUGGUGACCACCGUCAGCUCAUGGAAAAGGGGGGAGCCUACUAUGACCUCGUUAAGCUAGCUUCUGAAGCAGUGUCGAAGCCUCCACCGGAACAAUUUGACAUUCUUCAGAAGGGUGCUGACUCCUCCAUAUAUGAUAAAUCUAAGGACCAUGUAUUGGUUUCAAAGUAUGGCCAUGAAGUCUCUCUAUCGAACCACUAUGGAUCCAUGCAUGACAACAAACUAGAAGAUGAAGAAUCUCAAAAGCCAGUACAAAGGAACUAUCGACUUUCUGAGAUAUGGAGCUUACAGAGACCAGAGCUUUUUGUCCUGAUACUAGGAUUUCUCUUUGGUAUGCUUGGGGGUGCAAUUCUUUCAGUCUUCCCCUUGAUUCUUGGAGAUGCCCUUGGCAUUUACUUCAGUUCAGACGGGGAAAAGAUAAAAGAAAGAGUUGGUCGUCUUUGUUUGGUUCUAGUUGGUCUUGGCUUGGGUUGUAUGAUAUCCAUGAUCGGGCACCAAGGUUUCUGCGGUUGGGCUGGGACAAAGCUCACAACAAGAGUUAGAAGCCUUCUGUUCCAUUCAACAUUAAAACAAGAACCAGGAUGGUUCGAUUUCGAAGAGAAUUCCACUGGAGUACUUGUUUCAAGAUUGUCAUCUGAUUGUAUCAGUUUUCGGUCUGUCCUAGGAGAUCGAGUUUCUGUCAUGUUAAUGGGUCUGAGUUCAGCAGCCGUCGGGCUAGGUGUUUCGUUCUUUCUCGAAUGGAGGUUAGCCCUUCUGGCAGCUGCUCUCACUCCAUUCACACUCGGCGCAAGUUAUUUGAGCUUGAUCAUAAAUAUUGGACCCAAAGUAGAUAACGAAGCUUACGCUAAAGCUAGCAACAUAGCUGCCGGCGCAAUCUCAAACAUCAGAACGGUAACGACAUUCUCAGCUCAAGAACAGUUGAUCAAAUCCUUUGACCAUGCUUUAUCUGAACCAAAGAAGAAGUCCGUGAGGAAGUCACAGAUUUUAGGCUUAACCUUGGGAUUUGCUCAAGGUGCCAUGUAUGGCGCAUAUACUCUCACUCUCUGGUUCGGAGCGUACCUUCUCAAAGAAGACGGGGCCAACUUUGGUGCAGUUUACAAAAUAUUUCUCAUUUUAGUACUUAGCUCAUUCUCAGUUGGCCAAUUAGCUGGUCUGGCCCCGGACACUUCAAUGGCAGCAACGGCUAUUCCAGCUGUUCUUGACAUCAUUAACCGGAGACCUCUAAUUGGAAAUGACGAAGGGAGAGGAAGGAAGCUGGAAAGGUCAAAACCUUGGGAUAUUGAGCUAAAAAUGGUAACUUUUGCGUAUCCUUCGAGGCCGGAGGUGACUGUCUUGAGAGACUUCCGUCUCAAGGUAAAAGCCGGCAGUAUGGUGGCUCUGGUGGGAUCUAGCGGGUCAGGGAAAUCGACGGUCAUAUGGUUGGUACAGAGAUUUUACGACCCAAAUGAGGGGAAGGUCAUGAUGGGAGGGGUUGAUCUGAGGGAGAUGAAUGUGAAAUGGCUGAGGAGGCAGAUAGCACUGGUAAGCCAAGAACCUGCACUUUUUGGAGGAAGCAUCAGAGAGAAUAUAGCAUUUGGAAAUCCGAAUGCUUCGUGGGCAGAGAUCGAGGAAGCUGCAAAAGAAGCUCAUAUCCACAAGUUCAUCAGUGGUCUUCCUCAAGGCUACGAAACCCAGGUUGGCGAGAGUGGUGCCCAAUUAUCUGGAGGUCAAAAACAAAGGAUCGCCAUAGCGAGAGCCAUGCUGAAAAAAUCGAGGGUGCUUCUACUUGAUGAGGCGAGUAGUGCUUUAGACUUGGAAUCUGAAAGGCAUGUCCAAGAUGCGUUGAGGGCGGCAUCAAGACGAGCCACUACCAUUGUCGUGGCACAUAGAAUGUCCACCAUUAGGGAAGCCGAUGUGAUCGCUGUCGUCAAAGAAGGCAAGGUCACAGAGUACGGAAGCCAUGAUACGCUGAUGGCCUCCCAGGUCAAUGGCCUCUAUGCUAGUCUAGUUCGUGCCGAGAGCGAAGCCCACGCAUUCUCUUGAGCAUCUUUGUCCAUCAUUUACCAGCGAUUCUGAUCACUCUCUCUCUCUCUCUCUCUCUCUCUCUCUCUCUCU